GAGGAAGAAGGGUGGUGUUGUUGGAGGAACCGGAGCUGCAGCUGAGGGUAAAGAUCAGAAAUAAAAAACUACAGAUUCUAUAAAAACAAAACAUCAGCAGCUGAAAAUAAGAAAUAAACGAUGUCCUGAUGAUACAAUACAAGACAAGACAAGAUAACCAUCAUAUAUGGAUCUUUAGGAAGCCAUCGCUCUUGUUGCACAUCUUUCCUGGAGUCUAAAGUCAAACCGCCUCCAAUAAACGCCAAAAAUAUUCUAUAAAAUUUGUAAAAAAUGUCAUCAGAAGGUGAAUCCAGCAACCUGCAACCGUCCUGUGAUCCUCCUCCCGCUGAUGGAUCCUCUAAAGACGGUCAGAAGAACUCGGAGAAGGAAAGAAUUCACUCGUGCACCGACUGUGGGAAGAGUUUUACACGAGUGACUAAUCUCAAAGCUCACCAGCGCACUCACACCGGAGAGAAGCCGUACCAGUGCGCCGAAUGCGGGAAGAGCUUCUGCCAACUGGUUCAUCUCCAAACCCACCAGAACAUUCAUACCGGAUACAAACCCUUCAGCUGCGACGAGUGCGGCAAGAGCUUCAACCAGCAGAACAACCUGCGCUUCCACCAGAGAAUUCAUACCGGAGAGAAACCGUACCGGUGCCCGGAGUGCGACAAGAGCUUCAGCCAGCAGAGCCAUCUCCAGAUACACCUGAGAAUUCAUACCGGAGAGAAGCCGCACUACUGCCUGUACUGCAGUAUGAGUUUCAGAGACGCGGAAACGCUGAAGAAACACGAGCGCCUUCACACCGGAGAGAAACCCUACUUCUGCGAAGAGUGUGGGCGGAGCUUCACCCUGCGGAGCAGCCUCAAGGCGCACCUGAGAAUUCAUACCGGAGACAAACCGUAUUUCUGUGAGGAGUGUCAGAAGUGCUUCAGGCACUUACAUACUUUAAAAACUCACAAAUGUGCGAAGAUAGUGGGAGUUAUUCCCAAUGUGGUGGUUCUAGACGAUCCUCACGAUCCACAGGAUACGCAUGAUCCUCACGAUCCUCCCAGUGGAUACACAGGCUUAUCAAAAACGAUAAAAAGACAGAACAAUUUGGACGAGGCGAGAUUUUAUCAGUGCUCUGAUUGUGGAAAGAGUUUUACUAAACGCGGUUACCUCCAAACCCACCAGAGAAUUCAUACCGGAGAGAAGCCGUUUGGCUGCAGCGACUGCGGGAAGAGCUUUAUACGACAAGACAGUCUCCGAAACCACCAGAGAAUUCAUACCGGAGAGAAACCCUUCCUCUGCACGCAGUGCGGGAAGAGCUUCAAGGAGCGGAAUAACCUGCGAAACCACCAGAGAAUUCAUACCGGAGAGAAACCGUAUCAGUGCUCCGAGUGUGGGAAGAGUUUCAUCCAGCAGAUCCAUCUCCAGCUACACCAGAGAAUUCAUACCGGAGAGAAACCGCACUACUGUUCAUACUGCGACAAGAGCUUUACAGACAAAGGAACUCUGACCAAUCACCUUCGCGUUCACACCGGAGAGAAACCCUACCCCUGCGAAGAGUGUGGGCGGAGCUUCACCGUGCUGUGCGGCCUCCAAUCACACCGGAGAAUUCAUACCGGAAAUAAACCGUAUUUCUGUGCAGCGUGUGGGAAGUUCUUCAGGCACUGGAACACGAUGAAGCACCACAGAUGUGUUCAAAAAGAGGAAAAGAAAGAAACGAAUGAUACAAACUUAUCCAGAUAAAUCCAGUUUCUCACUUGUGAUCCCCUUGUGAAAAGGAAGUAAACUUAUGUGCAUUAAAAGUAUGUUCAAUUUACAGUCAUGUGAAAAAGUUUGGGCACCCCUAUUAAUGUUAAUCAUUUUUAGUUGUAAAUAUUUGGGUGUUUGAACAGCCAUUUCAGUUUGAUAUAUCUAAUAACUGAUGGACACAGUAAUAUUUCAGGAUUGAAAUGAGGUUUAUUGUACAGAAAAUGUGCAAUAUGCAUUAAACCAAAAUUUGACCGGUGCAAAAGUAUGGGCACCCUUAUCAUUUUAUUGAUUUGAAUACUCCUAACUACUUUUUACUGACUUACUGAAGCACAAAAUUGGUUUGGUAACCUCAUUGAGCUUUGAGCUUCAUAGCCAGCUGUAUCCAAUCAUGAGAAAAGGUAUUUAAGGUGGCCAAUUGCAAGUUGUUCUCCUAUUUGAAUCUCCUCUGAAGAGUGGCAUCAUGGGCUCAUCAAAACAACUCUCAAAUGAUCUAAAAACAAAGAUUGUUCAACAUAGUUGUUCAGGGGAAGGAUACAAAAAGUUGUCUCAGAGAUUUAACCUGUCAGUUUCCACUGUGAGGAACAUAGUAGCAGCACUUUGCACAAGGAGAAGCUGUAUGGGAGAGUGAUGUGAAAGCCAUUUCUGCAAACACGCCACAAACAGACUCCAUCUGCAGCAAGAUGAUGCUGCAGCUCUUUGGAGGUGGUCUGUGGAUUGUCCUUGACUGUUCUCACCAUUCUUCUUCUCUGCCUUUCUGAUAUUUUUCUUGGCCUGCCACUUCUGGGCUUAACAAGAACUGUCCCUGUGCUCUUCCAUUUCCUUACUAUGUUCCUCACAGUGGAAACUGACAGGUUAAAUCUCUGAGACAACUUUUUGUAUCCUUCCCCUGAACAACUAUGUUGAACAAUCUUUGUUUUUAGAUCAUUUGAGAGUUGUUUUGAUGAGCCCAUGAUGCCGCUCUUCAGAGGAGAUUCAAAUAGGAGAACAACUUGCAAUUGGCCACCUUAAAUACCUUUUCUCAUGAUUGGAUACACCUGGCUAUGAAGUUCAAAGCUCAAUGAGGUUACCAAACCAAUUUUGUGCUUCAGUAAGUCAGUAAAAAGUAGUUAGGAGUA